AGGACCCUCCCACCUCUCCAACCUUCCAGCCUGGGCCCGGGGCUGUCAUUGGCGAAGGACCCGCACCAUGCUGCAGGGAAGGCUGUUCGCCCGCUUCCUCCUACAGCAGAAUGGAGUACGGCAAUGCUCCUACACAGCUUCCAGGAAGCACCUGUAUAUAGAUAAGGACACGAGGGUUAUCUGCCAAGGCUUCACUGGGAAGCAGGGUACCUUUCACAGCCAGCAAGCUUUGGAAUAUGGAACCAAGUUAGUUGGGGGAGUCUCACCUGGGAAAGGUGGAAGCGCUCAUCUUGGCUUGCCGGUCUUCAACUCCGUGGCAGAGGCCAAGGAAGCCACCGGGGCCACUGCCUCAGUCAUUUACGUGCCACCUCCGUUUGCCGCUGCUGCAAUCCACGAAGCUAUAGAUGCCGAGAUAUCCCUGGUAGUGUGCAUUACAGAAGGAAUCCCCCAGCAGGACAUGGUGCGGGUCAAACACAGGCUGCUUCGCCAGACUACAACGCGGUUAAUUGGCCCCAACUGUCCCGGAGUGAUUAAUCCUGGUGAAUGUAAAAUUGGGAUCAUGCCUGGGCACAUUCACAAAAAAGGGAGGAUUGGGAUCGUGUCCAGAUCCGGCACCCUGACCUAUGAAGCCGUGCAUCAGACCACCCAGGUUGGAUUGGGACAGUCACUGUGCGUCGGUAUCGGCGGUGACCCCUUCAAUGGAACGAAUUUCAUCGAUUGCCUUGAUGUCUUCUUGAGCGACCCCAAAACUGAGGGCAUUAUUCUGAUCGGGGAGAUUGGGGGCAGCGCCGAAGAAAAUGCCGCUGAAUUCCUGAGAACCAACAAUGCUGGCCCUAAUGCCAAACCUGUAGUGUCCUUUAUCGCCGGUCUGACUGCUCCCCCCGGCAGGAGAAUGGGUCACGCUGGCGCCAUCAUUGCCGGUGGGAAAGGAGGUGCCAAGGAGAAAAUUGCAGCUUUGCAGAAAGCUGGUGUGGUUGUUAGUAUGUCCCCUGCCCAGCUGGGCAGCACCAUGCACAAGGAGUUUGAGAAGAGAAAGAUGCUGUAAGCGCGGGAGGAGAUGAUGCCGUUUGCACAGAGCACGUCCACCUUAUCCGUAUUCUCUAAAUUGCGUCCGUCACCUUCCGUGCCCCGCCCCUCAGUCUGUCGCUCAGACCCAUACAGGCCUGGCCGGUACCGUCUUUAUUCCUAGCGCCACCAUCUUGGAUUGAUCUGUUCAACCUUCCCAAAUAAAGACUUCCAUUUAUUUUGGAUCCUAA